AACGAAAACACUCCCUAAAGACAGACAGCUGCUGACACCAGCCGAGACACCUCCGGCCGGGAGACACCGAGUUCACACCGUCACACCGGAGCAGAGCGAGCGGACCGGUCCUUGUUUACCUGUCGGUUCAAACAAACAACAAAAAAGCGGAGGGAGACGCUGCUGCUGCUGCCUGCCGCUGGACCUCCACUGCACCGCAUCUGCGCAGCAACGAAGAGGCUGAAAAAAUCAAAACAACAGUCGCAUCAGUGUUUAUAAAAAUGCCGUUUUCCGUUAACGGCAUCCUUUGCACGCUCGCGCUGCUGGUCCUGUGGCGGGCGGAAGAGCUCGCGGAAGCGUGCAGCUGCGCUCCGGUGCAUCCGCAACAGGCUUUCUGCAACGCCGAUGUAGUGAUCCGGGCGAAGGUGGUGGGAGAACGAGAGGUGGAUUCUGGGAAUGACGUCUACGGGAACCCCAUCAAGAGGAUCCAGUACGAUGUCAAACAGAUCAAGAUGUUCAAGGGGCCGAACCAGGACAUCGAGACCAUCUUUACCGCUCCCGUGUCCGCCGUCUGCGGCGUUACCCUGGACGCAUCCGGCAAGAAGGAGUACCUGAUCUCAGGCAAGGCCGAGGCCGACGGGCGCAUGCAUGUGACCCUGUGUGACUACAUCAUGCUCUGGGACUCCUUGAGCAACACCCAGAAGAAGGGCCUGAGCCAGCGCUACCAGACGGGCUGUGAAUGCAAGAUCGUGCGCUGCCCCUCUUUGCCCUGCGAGAUCUCGGCCCCUGAGGAGUGUCUGUGGACGGACCUGAUGAUCGAGAAGCAGGUGCACGGACGCCAGGCCAACCACUACGCCUGCAUCAAGAGGGCGGACGGCUCCUGCUCCUGGUACCGCGGCGUGGCGUCGCCCAAGAAGGAGUUCCUGGACGCCGACGACCCUUAGUCACACGGCGCGUUGCACAGUAAACCAUUCCAUUAAGAUAACAUCAGGCAACGUAAUUAUUUUUUGUUUUGUUUUUAUAAAAAAGGCAAACCUAAUGUGACUGAAAUUACCUGCUGGUCUGAAAACAACCUUCAGCUUCUCUCUGCGGCUCCGAGGUUGUUCUCAGGCGCAGCGUCUCUGUAAUAAAACUAAUAAAAUAGCAUCAUGAGACAUAGACUGGUCAAGUGAUGAUGUAACUUCCUCCUGAGGCUGGCGUCAGGAGGAUAUAAAUCCUCGGCGAGACAGAGCACUUCCUGCCCCGCAAAGCGCUUUAACAGCUCUGCUCCCCGACCCCCCGAUCUGCAGUACGGACGAUCAUUCGUUACCCAUCUCGUUUCUACUUUUAUUACCUCAUUCUCCAUUUUAUUAUUCCAAAGCCAAAAUUCCAAGUUGCCUUUUUUUAGAUGAUUGUCUCGCUCUCUCCGAACACUAUUAGUUACCGCUUCUCUCACUGUCUCUGCUGGGAGCCGUUUGUUGGACGCCCACGACGUGUUUUUUUUUUUUUUUUUUUUUCUUUAAAAAGAAACACGAGUCAUCUUGCAUAUGGCUGAUCUCUUCUGGUUUCAUUGGGUGAAAUAUCUUUCUCUCUUUUAGUUUUAACUGAAGCCUGUGGCCGUCGCAGGCCUCACUGGACCAGUCUAUGCUGUGUGAAGAUGAGCGCUCUAAAUUUAAAACCUGCUCACGCGGUCAAAUGCCUCCUCACCCCCCCGCAGUCCCAUCCCCAAAUUUCUCUUCUUCCUCAUCACGUCUUCAUCCCUGAAACAACACAUUAUGUGAUAACUCUACAAAAUCUCAUACAGUUCCUCUUCUUUAUGUAAUAACACCUGCUUUUUUGUAAUAAGCAGCGCAAGCACAAUAUUUAAUACAUUUCCCAACAUUUUGAAAUAGAUUACAAUUCCUUUUUUUAGUUUUCAAGUUCAGAAAUGUGACUGAAUUUGAAUUUACUUCUUAGAAAAAUGCUUGAUUGUCAACCUAAUCAUGUGUUGCAUCCACACAAUCAAUCAUGCAAAAAAAAGAAUGUUUUAAUAUUUGAAAGAAACAAUCCCAAAUAAAAGCAGGAGGUAUUUUUCCAAUCGUACAAUCAAACUCAUACAAUCAAUGUUUAUUUUCAAAGCUGUUUAAAAGUGACAAUUUGCGUCGAUUGCAGUUGGUUUAAAUGAAUUUUGAAAACUAUAUUUUUAAUUUAUAAUAUCUAUUUAGAUGUGAUGAUAAAGGCUUCAAGAUGCUUUUAGUUUAGGUACCUUUAAAAAUGCUUGAAAAGUGCUUGAAUUUCAAUCUUAAAUUGCAGUAUGAACCGUUUCUAACAUAGAGUGGUUUGACAAGCUAGUGAAACCUUACUAGCCUAAUAAAAAAAACUCGACAAGAGGCUGUGAGGCGGACUAGUGAGAGAGUUUGCGUCCGUGUCUGGCGUGAUGACUUUUAACAACCACUGUAGUCUCAUUUAGCCACUUGUUAGCAACCGCCUUUUUAAGAACAUGUAAUAACUUCAAAAUUCACAAGUGGGGGUAUUUACUAGCGUAUUUUAUGUCAUAGAACGAACGCGAAUAUCUCUUCAGCUUGUGUUAACCACAGACCUUAUUUCAGGCUUGUAACCAUCACCAAAAACAAUGUGUUAUUAUAUAAAUAAGUGAAAAUGUAUGACAUUUUGUCUACAAAAUGUGGUGUUAUUGCAUAAUGUGUUGCCCCUUGUUUCCCCCACUAUGUAGCUGUACAGUACCUAUGCAUAUACUUUUGUUGUUACUUGAUGAUUAUUAUUAUUAUUUACUGCAUUAGAACUAGAUUUGCACUUUUUGAGGAUGAGUAAAGACAAGAGCCUGAGCACUCUGAUGUGACAGUUAUUAUAGUUCGCCCAGACCGACAGAUCCACCUCAGGUGCAGAUUUCUCCUAUUUUGAGUGCUUUUGG